GGAGCAUAGUCAGCCAUGGAGGAGUCACUGAGGCGCGUGUUGUUGUGCUGUGCUCUUAAUUGCGUCGUGCACGUACUCUCAAUGGAGAACGACCGGUCGCAGUGGACUGAUCAAGAGUUGUUGUGGAGAGUGAAUCUAUACCGAAGAGCUAUUCUACUCCACCAAGAUCAUGUACAGAAAGUUCAGCGAGAAAAUCCUGAUUGUGUCUACAACAGUACAAGAAACUACGAGAAUAUGAACCAAAUCACUCAUCGCUGGAAACUUCGUUCUUCGAACGCAUCCAAGAACUUACAUUCCCUACAUAAAAGUAUGGAGGAAAAUGCUAACAGUGAUUUAGGAAUUCUUGUCCAAGAAAUCAACUAUCUUCGGGACUGCUUGAGUGGGAAGGUCAGUUAUAUAAUUUUAUCGCCUUCCAGAGUUUUGAAAAUACUUUUUCUCCAGGAAAACAAAAACAAUAACACCUCAAAACCACUCCCAAGCGAGGCAGAGUGGGCCCAGCAAGUAGCAGAAGUGAAAACCAACUUGGACGCGACGAAGAAGAUCAAUGAGUUCUACGUUAUGGUGGAAAACGCAAAACUCGCUCACAAAACUAACUGCUCCAACGAGUUUUCCCCGUUGGCCACUGACCUAAUGCAUCCACUAGCCAGGCAGCUAUCUUUGUUCUUCUUCUAG